AGUGUUGGGCUGCGCUUUUUUCAAAAGGAAAUGCUUCGUCGCUGCGCGUCAAUUGCGACUCCAACGUCGCAAAUAUGCAGUCCAUUUUCGGUUGCAAGUGAAACGCAGAAACGCUUUCUGAAGAUUGCAAAAUCUACGUUUGGCUUCUACUUGGCAAGGCGCGGGCAGCGGAAGUUCCCGUUCCACCGCCGGCCGCAUACGAAAAAUACGUACGCGAUGAACAUGAACGCACCGUACUUUUGGAGCUUUAUGACAGCGAAGAGUCAGUCAUUUUUUUUACCGGAGGAAAACUACAUCACCGGUGACUGGACGGGCAAGUUUUUCGUGUCGAAGUGGCAGGUGUACACUCUGCAGCACGCGACUAGCGGCGGAAAAGUGAGAGUGAAGGCGUUCCCGUCUGUUUUUGAGCUGAAUAGUCCGUCACGUUGGAAUAUCGGAAAGGAAAUCCGUACGUUGACGAAGCCGCGAAUGGACUUGAUAGACGAUCAGAUGCUGACGAAGAAGCAACGACUGGAUUAUGUGAAGGCUGGAUUAUUGCCGAAGUAA